GGCUGGAGCGUGUUCAAGUCGGCUGGAAUGACGCGCAACUCGUGAUCCCCCAUUCUCUGUAGCGCCAGGCCUUAAAAGAUGCUUUCUCCCCCCAAUAAUCUCUCUCAGCAGCUUGUAGUCGUAGUGUAGUGUUAGAUGCAGCUUUAGCCUGCAAUUCUUUUCUUGCAAGCUUGUUAGAACGAAACAUAUGACUCCUUGGAAUAAUUGCUAAUUGUACUUUAGUUACUCAUAUAACAAUGAAUAAGGUUGCAGCUCUGCAGAGAAAGAAGAGGAAAGAUUUUAUACCGUACUUUCUAGGAUUUGUAAUAUUUUUAUAUUGCACGGUCCAUCUUGUAUCAUAUACCGCAAAAACAGCACAGGAAACCCACUCUACCAGGGUGCGUCGGGCUCUUGUGAAUGAGACAAAAUGCAUCUCAUCACAGUCCUCUGAGUUUCCUGGUGGCUUCUUCACGGUGCAGGAGAGGAAGGAUGGAGGGCUCGUCAUUUAUUUCAUGAUUAUUUUCUACAUGCUUCUGGCUGUCGCAAUUAUCUGCGAUGAUUACUUUCUGCCCUCUUUAGAAGUGAUCAGUGAACGUCUGGGACUGUCUCAGGAUGUAGCAGGAGCCACAUUUAUGGCAGCUGGGAGUUCUGCACCUGAACUGGUCACAGCCUUUCUGGGUGUGUUUGUAACAAAGGGAGACAUUGGGGUCAGCACCAUCGUGGGAUCAGCCGUCUACAACCUGCUAGGAAUCUGCGCUGCAUGUGGACUCUUGGCCUCUAUGGCCGGGCGCCUCACCUGUUGGCCACUGUUCAGGGACUGCCUGGCAUAUAGCAUCAGUGUUGCUGCUGUUAUUGCCAUCAUUUCUGAUAACAAGGUGUACUGGUAUGACGCUGCAUGUCUGCUUCUGGUCUAUGGCGUCUACAUCAUGGUUCUGUGCUUUGACCUUCGCAUCAGUGAGUUUGUCCUGAGGAAGCUGAGCCCUUGCUGCACCUGUCUGGGUAAAGGAUCCGAUGAGAAGACUGAGACACAGCCUCUGUUGGGCUGGAGCGACGAAACCAGUCUGCGAGUCCGCAGUCGCUCCAGAACAGACAGUGGGAUCUUCCAGGACGACUCGGGAUACUCUCAGCUGUCCCUCAGCCUGCAUGGCCUCAGUGAGAUUCCUGAAGCAGAGCAUAAAAGUGUGUUUGCUGUGCCGGAGAGCGACCUGAAACGGGUUUUCUGGGUUCUGUCUCUGCCCAUCAUCACUCUGCUUUUCCUGACCAUCCCAAACUGCAGGAGAAGGUUCUGGAAGGGAUGGUUCAUGAUAACCUUCUUCAUGUCAGCUGUCUGGAUCUCAGGUUUCACAUACGUGCUGGUGUGGAUGGUGACUAUUGUCGGUAAGAUCGUCGUUUUGAACUUUUGCAUUCUGCGAUGCUUCAGAUUGUAUAAAAUCAGUACAUUUCCUCAGUGUCUUUACUUUAGUUGCCAGUGUAAUCAGCCUGUCACGCACCAGGUUAUAGAACCUUUGUGGAUCACAAGUCUUUAAAACUUGUGAGAAAAAAUGUCUGAUUUGCAGAGUAGAAUCACAUGUUGGUCUGCUGGCUAAUUCCUGAGAUGCCAUUGUCAUGGAGGGUAAGGAGGGGGGUUAUUGUAGCCAGUGGGCCAAGUGCAUAACCAGGAUUACAGCCUGCUUCAUCCUUAAGGAAACAGUCAUGUGAGCCCUGGCUGUAUAUACAGAAGCAGCCACAGGCAUAGGUCCAAGAACAUAAAACUGACCUCAGAUCAGGCUGAAAGGGAAGCUUCAUCAUGUGACGUGGUAGGUCUACUGAAGUAUAAUGAGAUUAUUAUCCUGUAGUCGUCAGAUUGGCUCACAUGAGAGGAGAGUUUGGUCUUAUGAAAGAGCAGGCAUGGGACCGUGCAGGUAGAACUGAACAUACCGUAUAUAUGUGAUUAAGAAAGUUGGAAACAUUCCUGUCUAUGGUUCAAAAUAUGUGGUAAAUAUUUGGGUACCACUGGAGCUUAAAUACACCUUUUGGUCUUCUAUGGUCUAAGACAGUCCAAAAAAUAAAACAACUCUCUCUUUCAAAUCCAAAAACUAGAGCUUAAACUAAAAUGUGUGAUGCCAUCGAGUAUAAGGUGUUCUAUACUGUUCUAGACAAUGAAUUGGGAAAGAUGUUAUAGAUGCAUGACUGAUAUAUUUUUUUAAUUACCUUUUUAAAAAAAAUC